AUGCCAAAGUCCGACACAGCAUUGCUGAUAACAGCGCAGGGGGAGGAUACAGUGAAUCUGGACAAGGGCGGCGAGGAACAGCGCACAGAAGAGUGGUUCACACUGCGAGCCAACAGGCUGACGGCCAGCGCGUUUGAGAAGGCAGUGGGGUUCUUUCCAGGGGGGCGGCAGCAGUUGUGGGAGGAGAAGCUGGGGCUGAGGGCGCCGUUUGCCGGGAAUGAUGCGACCGCGUGGGGACAGGGGAAGGAGGAGGAGGCUUUGAGGGAGUAUGAGCAGCUGACAGGCGGACACGUGGAGCACAGAUCGUUCCAGUGGGGUUCUAUGGGGGAGGGGCGGCAGCAGCUGUGGGAGGAGAAGCUGGGGCUGAGAGCGCCGUUUGCAGGGAAUGAGGCGACAGCAUGGGGCCAGGGGAAGGAGGAGGAGGCUCUGAUGAUGUAUGAACGGCUCACAGGCGGGCACGUGGAGCACAGGUCGUUCCAGGUGAGGGUGUGUGUGGGGUAA